AUGAAACCCUUUGAGCUUUGCUGGGUCUCAGUAGGCUGUGACCAGCAGUAUCCCUCUGAGAGGGAUGCCUUUCUGAGGCAGCGAACACUCAAGUUUGCUAUACUUGGAGGAUCGCCGAACAGCAACAAGUCUUGGUCUGAUGCCCCCGCUCCUCGAGGCCUGAUCCUUCACAUGUCAGGAAAUGCAAAAGCAUCCGAAUCUUUACCGGUGAGGCCAGCUCUGAGGAGUCCCAGACCUCAGAGGCAAGAGAGGAAGGAAGGAUGGAGAAAGGAAGAUGCCACCCUGGUCACAGAGGGUUGGGUUAGAGAUCAGCUAGAGAGACCUAACACCCAUAAAUCCAUGGGCUCUGAUGGGAUGCACCCAUGGGAGCCCAGGGAGCUGGCAGAUGUUGAUAAGCCAACAUCCAUCAUCUGUGCAAAAGCAUGGAGAACAGGAGAGGUGCCCGAUGACUGGAGCAAAGUCAACAUUACUGCCAUCUCCAAAAAGGACAAGAAGGAGGACCUGGGAAGAUAUGCCCUAAGCGCUGGUGAAGGAAUAACUCUGCCGGAGCCGCUGGGGCGGAGAGCUCAGGGCGCCUCAGGGCGGCGCAGGGCGGCGCAGGGCGGCGCACACGCUGCUCCACUCUGCCCAGCUCAGCCCAGCGCGCUUCUCAGCCGGAGACACCAGCGGGACGGCGAGGGACUGGGUGGCGAGGGGCGGGAUCUCUCCUGCGCCCCACCCCGCCCGCCUCCUGCCGCCACUCUUCUUUGCCGCGGGCGACGGGAGCAACGAGAGGCGACGAAGGGUUCUCGUCCUUCUGCUCGGGGGGCCCGCAGCCGGCGGCACGGUGAGUUUGUAAAUCCUUGUGAAAGGCAUAUAGGAAGUUUAUGGUCAGCAGACUUCAGUUCUUCAGUUGAGUUCAGUGCACAAACUUUAAAUCUCCAAUGGCAAAAUGUUAGUUUGACCUUUUUUGACCUGCAAAUUCGAAAGGAAAAACCACCCUCAGAGAGUGUUGCUGAAGAGGAUGACCUCCAAGAAGCUGUGCCUUCACUUUUCAGUGGCUGCUUCAGCUGUGGUCUGUCUUUAGAUGCUGCUCUGGCUUAUACUGGCUUUGUACCACGCAGCGGCUGGGUGGUGGAGGACGUGGUUGGUAGGCAGGUUUCCAUACUUGCUGUGAUUCUUCGGAUUUGUUCUUUUCUUGAAAUGGUAGGACUAGGAAACAGCUGUCGUGGGAUGAAGUCUCCACCUCUCCUCAUGGCUGCGCUCGUGGCGUGCAUAAUUGUUUUGGGUUUCAAUUACUGGGCUGCAAGUUCUCGCAGCAUGGAUCUGCAGGGUCAAGUCAUGGAUCUGGAAGGCAAAGUCCGCAGGGCGGCAGCGGAGAGGGGUGCUGUGGAACAAAAAAAGAAUGAAUUCCAAGGGGAGCUAGAGAAGCAGCGACAGCAGAUUGACAAAAUCCAGUCCUUGCACAGCUUUCAGAUGGAAAAUGCCAACAGAGUACAUCAGGAGGAGAAG